UUGCUAUUGUUGGAGUAGGACGCUGCCCGCUCUCCGAGCUUCCCCGGACAGCACACUUUGGGGACGUGCUCGGCUCACCCCGGACUCGCAUCUCACUUGCUCCACCCGGCCAUAGCCUUGGCUUCCCGGCGACCUCAGCGUGGUCACAGGGGGCCCCCUGUGCCCAGGGAAAUGUUUCAGGCUUUCCCCGGAGACUACGACUCCGGCUCCCGGUGCAGCUCCUCACCCUCCGCCGAGUCUCAGUAUCUGUCUUCGGUGGACUCCUUCGGCAGUCCACCCACCGCCGCCGCCUCCCAGGAGUGCGCCGGUCUCGGGGAAAUGCCCGGUUCCUUCGUGCCCACGGUCACCGCGAUCACAACCAGCCAGGACCUCCAGUGGCUUGUGCAACCCACCCUCAUCUCUUCCAUGGCCCAGUCCCAGGGGCAGCCACUGGCCUCUCAGCCCCCAGCCAUCGACCCCUACGAUAUGCCAGGAACCAGCUACUCCACACCAGGCAUGAGCAGCUACAGCAGUGGCGGAGCUAGUGGAAGUGGCGGGCCUUCCACCAGCGGAACCACCAGUGGACCUGGGCCUGCCCGCCCAGCCAGAGCCCGGCCCAGGAGACCCCGAGAGGAGACGCUUACCCCAGAGGAAGAAGAGAAACGAAGGGUUCGCCGGGAACGGAACAAGCUAGCAGCAGCUAAGUGCAGGAACCGUCGGAGGGAGCUGACUGACCGACUCCAGGCGGAGACAGAUCAGUUGGAGGAAGAAAAGGCAGAGCUGGAGUCGGAGAUCGCCGAGCUCCAAAAGGAAAAGGAACGUCUGGAGUUUGUGCUGGUGGCCCACAAACCGGGCUGCAAGAUCCCCUACGAAGAGGGGCCCGGGCCAGGCCCGUUGGCGGAGGUGAGAGAUUUGCCGGGGUCAGCAUCCGCUAAGGAAGAUGGUUUCAGCUGGCUGCUGCCGCCCCCGCCACCACCGCCCCUGCCCUUCCAGACCAGCCAAGACGCACCCCCCAACCUGACAGCUUCUCUCUUUACACACAGUGAAGUUCAAGUCCUCGGCGACCCCUUCCCCGUUGUUAACCCUUCGUACACUUCCUCGUUUGUCCUCACCUGCCCGGAGGUCUCCGCGUUCGCCGGCGCCCAACGCACCAGCGGCAGUGACCAGCCUUCCGACCCCCUGAACUCGCCCUCCCUUCUUGCUCUGUGAACUCUUUAGACACACAAAACAAACAAACACACAAGGGAGAGAGAUUUGGAAGAGGAGGAGGAGAGAGGGGAAGAGACAAAGUGGGUGUGUGGCCUCUCUGGCUCUUCUGUCUGACCCUCUGCCGCCACUGCCAUCGGACAGGAGGACCUUCUUGUGUUUUGUGCAACCUCUUGUUUCUGUGCCCCGGCGAGGCCGGAGAGCGGGUGACUUUGGGGGCAGGGGUGGGGAGGGGAUGGACGCCCCCAGCUUCCUGUUUGUCCUCUCACCUCAACCCAGCCUCUGGGGGUGGGGAGGUGGGAGGUGACGCCCACCUUUGGGCAGUUCUGUGUGAGGCUAGAGGGAAAGGGUGUGGGCGGUGGGCUGUGGGGCGGCUAUGGGGUGGGCUGGAGUUCUCUGCAGAGAGGUCCAACAAGGAAAUGCCACCCGUCCCCCCACUGUCCCCCACACCCACCCUUCAGGAGUAUGACUAGGCUGGUUCCCCCUGCACUCCGACCUUAGUUUAUUUAUCUCGCAUUUCCAUGGGAUUAGAUUCUCUGGGCAGAAUUGAGCCCCCUUAGGGGGAAGCUGAUGUCCCCUAUGAUAAUCCCCUUCCCCCCCACCCAGACUUAUUCUGAAAUGUGAAUUUCCUUCCCUGAUCGUCCAGCCACUCCCUCCCAGAAAAACUAGCUCUGAUUUGAAUUUCUCACCUCCUAAGGAUCCCUCGGGUUCAGCCCCCAGCCCUCCCUUGGGAUUGCAGUAUUAUUCCAAGCCCCCCGCCCCACCUUCCAGCCUCCCCUCCUGGCCUUCCUCGUUGGGCCUUUCUGAUGUCAGGCGGCAGGGGGCGCUGUGACGCUUGUCCUGCUGGAGUGUUUAUACUGUGAAAUGAGUUGGUCGGACGGUGGGGUGGAGCCGGGUGGGACAGAGCCCUUCCCGAGGGAUUGUGUCCCCACGCCCCAAAGCCUUUCCUUGGUCUGCCCUCCCACCUCCUCACCUGCCUUCUUCCUCCCCUCAACAGUGAGUUAGACUCGAGGGAGUGACGAAUCCAGAGGAGGGUGACAAUUACCCACCCGCGUGGCCUCUCUCUCUCUCCUCAGGACCCCCAGCCCCAAACCUGGGCCUUUUUUCUUUAAGGCUCGUCACCCUUCCCCAGCCUAGGACGCCAACUUCUCCCUCCCCUUGUCACCCCACGUCCUCUCUAGAAAGGGAACGAGGGGGGUCGACAUUUUUCUGGAGAAGAUUGAAGGGCUGAGGCUUUGUCCCUCCCAACUCCCAAUAUUUUUGGACUGACAAACUCGAAGGGGCUGAGUUCCCACGAUCCCAGCUUCCCAUCUCCCAACCCCAGCCCCGAAUCUCCCACCCCACCUUUCCCUGUGCUUCUCCUCAUGAGCAUUUUAUCAUGAGGCAAAUUUAUAUUUUUUAAUAUCAGGGGUGAGCCACGCCGCCCUCUGUGCUGCAUGGAAAACAUUCCACGUGCCCUGUCCUGCGUCUCCUGCCCUGAACCCAGACCCCUCCCAUAGCUAUUUAUCCCUUCCUGGUUUCCGAAAGGCACUUAUAUCUAUUAUGUAUAAAUAAAUAUAUUAUAUAUGGGUGUGUGUGCGCGCGUGUGAGUACGUGAGUGCUUCUGCAACCUCAGCCUAGGUCACGUUGGCCCUAAAAGCGUGCCCUUGAAUUGAAAACAUUGCUUCUGGAAGCUUUGAAUCAGCCUGUCUCUGGCUGUCUCUGUUCUGAUUGUCUCAGCCCCUCUGGUUGUUUCUGACAGUCUCUGGCUGUCUCUUUCCUGAAUGUCUCUCUCUGUCUGUCUUUUCUCUGCCUGUUUUUACCUGACCAUUUCCACCUGUCCCCUUUCUGGCUGUCUCUGAUCCUCCAGCUGUCUUCUGACUCUGGGCUUGUUGGGGACAUGAGAUUUUAUUUUUGUGAGUGAGCCUGAGAGAUCAUAGACUUUUACAAUCUGUAUCUUUGAGAAUUCUGGGUGUAAGUGUGAGUCCAUGAGCAGGGCCUGCCCCUGCCAACCACAAUUUAUUGAAUCCCCAACACCCCGCACCCCCCACCCUAUGCUGUAUUUGUGGUUCUCUUUUUGUAUUUUGCACCUAACCCCGGGGGGGGGGAAGGGGGACUGGGGUAGACUGGCACUGGGUCGCUCCCUCCCCCCCUUGGUUCUGCACUGUCGCCAAUAAAAAGCCUUUUAAAAUGCA